AUGGGUUUAUGUCAGAGUGAGGAAGAAAAAAUCAAAGGAGAAAAGAGUCGACAAAUAGACCGUCAGAUUAAGCAGGAUCAAUCUCAUGAUGAACGAACAGUGAAACUACUUCUUCUCGGAGCUGGAGAAUGUGGCAAAAGCACAGUACUCAAACAGAUGAGGAUAUUACACAAAAAGGAAUAUUCCCAAGAAGAAAUGGAAUGGCAAAAGAAGGUAGUUUAUAAUAACUUAAUAUCAGCCAUGGUUGGUUUGUUGAAAACAAUGCAAAAGUACAACGUGCAGCUUUCUGAUCAUUCCAGAGAGGCUGAUGCUCGGCAAGUCUUUGAAUGGGUCAAGCAGAAUAGGGAGGAAGAGCCUCCAACAUCUGAAUUAGCGUCCGCCUUAAAGAGUUUAUGGAAAGAUAAAGCUGUGAAGACAGUCUACGAAGAGAAACGUUUAGAAAAUCAUUUACAUGAAAGCAGCCAACAUUUUUUCGACAACAUUGAGCGUAUUUCCGAUCCAAAUUAUCAAAUAACAGACAAAGAUAUUCUCUUGACAAGAAUAAAAACAACCGGAAUAGUCGAAGUGGGAUUUAUAAUAAAGAAAGUUCAUUUUCGGGUGUUUGACGUGGGUGGUCAACGAUCAGAACGUAAAAAAUGGAUUCACUGUUUUGAAGAUGUUAAUGCCAUCAUCUAUAUAGCUGCCGUUUCUGAAUAUGACGAAGUUCUUUUUGAAGAUGAAACAACGAAUAGAAUGAAAGAGUCGUUACGACUAUUCGAAUCAAUUUGUAAUAGUCGAUGGUUCAUCAACACUUCCAUUAUACUGUUUUUAAACAAAAAAGAUUUAUUUGAAGAAAAAAUCACGCGCGUGUCGAUUCGUACAGCUUUCGAAGAAUACCAAGGACCACAAACCUACAAGGAUUCAAUAAAAUACAUAAAAACUAGAUUUGAAGCAUUAAAUGCCAAUCCAAAGAAGACCAUAUUCAUCCAUGAAACAUGUGCCACGGACACCGAUCAAGUUCAAAAAAUCUUGGAUUCCGUCAUUUCGAUGAUUAUUCAACAAAACUUACACAAAAGUGGCUUAUAUUAA